GCUGAAACCUAACAAGCGCCAGCUAAACUCCGUCAUUCACUGCCACGACACAAACCCCACAGUCUCCCUGUUCUUCUUGCUCAAACCACCGAGACCUGUCAACUGAGAAAUCGAAACAUUACUAUCGCAACGUCCAAACCCACCGGACCGGCGUCAUGGCAGCGACAGUCGAAGUAUCGCCGCCAGCGCCUCCACUACCGACGAAACACGUGCCAAACGAUGCGCAUACGCCGACUUGUCCUUCGUGUGGCAGCAGUAUAGCCAUGACAGAGCUCCAAGACGCGAGGCAAAGGAUAGACGAGCUCGAGGCACAAAUGGAGCGCUUAAAGGAGAAAGCAACCGCAGCUGUGGACAGGUGCGCCGACUACGAAGACCAGAUACGCAGCCUCCAAGCAACCCCCCACAACGCCCCUAGGCUGCCCCGUACCCAAACCUCGCAAUCCGACAUCGUCAACGCAACGUCUCGCCCCUCCGUCGACGCCGAUCCCCCACGUCCCACAACGUCAAGCUCCACAAAGGCCUCCCGUUUCUCUUUCAUCACAAGCCGCUUCCCGUCGCCCGCCAAUGCGACAUCUAUGCCUCCGCCUCCGCCACCCAAAGAAGCAUCCAGCGCUCCGCCCGUCGACUAUACACUACUGAAUGAGCUGGAGCGCGAGCGUGCCCUACGCGCCAAGGCCGAAGCACGCGUACAGACGGUGGAUUCGGAGAUUGAAGAGCUGAGCGUUCAGCUUUUCAGUCAGGCAAACGAAAUGGUUGCCGAAGAGAGACGGGCGAGAGCCAAGUUGGAAGAGAGGGUUGAGACUCUGGAACGCAGGGACAGGGAGAAGAUGGGGAGGCUGGAUCGUCUGGAGAAGGCUGUGAGCAGGGUGGAGAGAGUCAAGGCGCUGCUGGGCGACAAGGAAGACAUGAAGAGACAGACGAUUGACAGCGGGUUGCUAUCACCGCCGGCUAGGAGGUAAAGACAUGCGCCUUUGGUGGUGGUGCCAGUGGUGUCGUUAUUGUUGUUGUUGCUGUUAUUGUUGUUCUUCCGUGUCAUUUGCCAUGAUACCCAUUUAGUUUUAUCCUCUGCAGUUUAGCAUAGCGUUCGGCGUGGCUGCUAUCAUCCAUGGUCUAUUUUAGCGUCUGGCGUUGGUAUCGGUAUCUGGAUAGGAGGAAGAUUCUCUGACUCAUGACCAAUAAUAUCAGCUUGUUCUGGUUGUGGCAUUAACCACUAUAAGCCUAAUAUGAUUUCGAUGGGCUCCGGUUCAGGACGUUGUAGUUUGGUCCACAUGCUCUUGGUUCAUAUGAACAUCACAUCUCUGGUCCGCCA